GUCGGAAGCUGUGUGCGUCUCCGGCUCCAGCCUCCCGCCCGGGCCCAUGCGGACUGCGGAGUUCGGAGCCCCCAGUGCGCCCUGGGCGCCCCGCGCCUAAGCCCCCAGCGGGCUGCGGGCCAAUGGCGGCGGCGGCGGCCACGGGCGCUCGCUCCUGGUUCGGCGGCGGCGGCGGCGGCGGCUCGGGCUCGGGCUCGGGCUCCGGCUCCCGUCUGGGGAGCCCGGCCUCCAGCCCCCAGCUCGGCGGCGGCGGCGGCGGCAAGGGCCGCCCGCAGCCCAGCCACACGGGCCAGGGGCAGGGCGCCGGGCCGGGCCAGGGACAGGAGCCGGGCCCCAAGCCCUCGGCGCCCCCCGCCGCUCCUCCGGGCCACAGCUUCAGGAAGGUGACGCUCACCAAGCCCACCUUCUGCCACUACUGCACCGACUUCAUCUGGGGGCUGGCCGGCUUUCAGUGUGAAGUCUGCAACUUUAUGUCUCAUGAGAAAUGCUUGAAACACGUGAAGAUCCCAUGUGCCUGUAUUGCUCCAAGCCUGGUCCGGGUUCCGGUUGCGCACUGUUUUGGGCCCCCAGGACACUACAAGAAGAAGUUCUGCAUUGUCUGCAGAAAGCCACUAGAUUCCCUUGCAUUUCGCUGUGAAGUUUGUGAGCUCUAUGUGCAUGCCGACUGUGUCCCCUUUGCCUGCAGUGACUGCCGCCAGUGUCAUCAGGAUGGCCACCAGGACCAUGACACUUACCAUCACCACUGGAGGGAGGGGAAUCUCUCGUCAAAUGCCCGCUGUGAGGUGUGUAAGAAGACCUGUGGGUCCUCAGAGGUGUUGUCAGGCAUGCGGUGUGAAUGGUGUGGUAUUCUGGCUCAUACCUCCUGCUAUGCUGUUGUGACCCCCGAGUGCACAUUUGGCCGGCUGAAGAACAUGAUUCUUCCUCCUAACUGUGUGCGUUUGUCCUCUCGGAAUUUCAGCAAGAUGCACUGCUUCCGGAUAUCAGAGAGCAUCCAUGCAGAGCCAGAUGAUGGCGAUGAUGCUGUGGACACUGGCCCAGCUCCAGGGUCACUGAAAGAUGCCCAGGUUUCUACAGACUCCAGCAAACAGACACUGAAGAUCUUUGAUGGUAACGAUGCCGUGAAGCGCAACCAGUUCCGGCUGAUCACCAUUCCCAGAAUAGCAAAGACAGGGGAGGUUGUGGAGGCAGCCUUGAGGGCUUAUUACAUUAACGAGGACCAACGAGACUUUGAGCUCCAGACGUUGGCUCAGCAGUCCAUGGCUGAUUGUGCAACUCACAAAAACGGAGGCCCAGAGGAUGCCAGCAGCACCAGCAUUCCUUCUGUGUUCAGAGAGUCCAUUCCCGAAGCUUGGAUCAUUCGUGCUAAGCCCAAGGAUCAUGAAGUUAUCAAAAUUUACCCAGCUUGGCUGAAGGUUGGAAUGGCUUACGUCUCCAUCCGGAUCGACAAAGAGAGCACUGCUCAGACCGUGAUGAAAGAAGUCCUCCCGCUGCUGGGGCGACAGGCAGAAAGUCUCAAGAAUUUCCGAUUUGUGGAGGUGCUCAUGGGCAGUAAGCAAGUUCAGCGGAUGACACUGACUGAUGAGGAAUUAAUUCUCAGCAGACUUAGAGAUAUCCGAAAGACUUCCAUACGUCAAAUGAACCAAACAAGAUUUUAUGUGGUAGAAAACGGUGAUGCCACCACACAAGUGAACCUAUUUGUUGGAGGCCUGCCCCCCCAGCUCUCUGCUGAAGAAUACACUCAUAUCCUAAAGGAGGAUUUGGCUAUCAAAACAAAUCUAGUGAAAGUAACUCAAGUUUAUGCAAAUCAAGGGGCCGUUGUACUUGACAUCUCCUGUUUUUCGGAGGCAGAGAGAAUAUAUAUGCUCAUUAAGGAUACAGUGGUCCAAGACAAGCAGCUGACUGGAAUUGUGAUGCCCGAAGUGAUGCCCACGAAGCUGCCCCCAGACUGCUGCCCACUCCUUGUGUUUGUGAACCCGAAAAGUGGAGGGCUGAAAGGCCGGGACCUGCUCUGUAGCUUCAGGAAGCUGCUGAAUCCUCACCAGGUCUUUGAGCUCACCAAUGGAGGCCCUUUCCCCGGGUUUCACAUGUUCUCCCAAAUCCCCUGUUUCCGGGUCCUGGUUUGUGGUGGGGACGGCACUGUGGGCUGGGUGCUGGGAGCCCUGGAAGAGAUCCGACACAAAUUGGCAUGCCCGGAGCCUUCUGUGGCCAUCCUACCUCUGGGCACAGGUAAUGAUUUGGGCAGAGUGCUGCGAUGGGGAGCGGGCUACAGUGGGGAGGACCCAUUCUCCAUUCUGGUGUCUGUGGAUGAAGCUGACGACGUCCUCAUGGACCGAUGGACGAUCCUUCUGGAUGCUCAGGAUGUUGUCGAGAACACUGAGAAUGGGGUGGUUGAGUCAGAGCCCCCAAAGAUUGUACAGAUGAAUAAUUACUGUGGACUUGGAAUCGAUGCAGAAUUGAGUUUGGACUUCCACCAUGCAAGAGAAGAGGAGCCGGGAAAAUUUACUAGCAGAUUCCACAACAAAGGAGUAUAUGUCAAAGUUGGGUUACAGAAGAUCAGUCACACCAGGAAUCUCCACAAGGAUAUCCGACUUCAAGUGGACCAGCAUGAUGUGGAAUUGCCAAAUAUCGAGGGGCUGAUAUUCAUCAACAUCCCCAGCUGGGGCUCCGGAGCUGAUCUCUGGGGGUCUGACAACGAUGCUCGGUUUGAGAAGCCACGGAUUGAUGAUGGCCUGUUGGAGGUGGUUGGAGUGACAGGCGUCGUUCACAUGGGCCAGGUGCAAGGGGGAUUGCGCUCAGGAAUCCGAAUUGCCCAAGGUUCCUAUUUCCGGGUCACCCUCCUCAAGCCAAUCCCAGUACAAGUGGAUGGAGAGCCAUGGAUUCAGUCCCCAGGCCACAUGAUCAUUUCUGCUGCUGGACCAAAGGUUCACAUGUUGAAAAAGUCCAAGCAGAAGCUGAAAAAAGCAACGGGAAGCAUGAAGGAUGCCAAAAUGGAGAGCUCCGGAGGCUCAGAAGGAGAGCUGAAAUAAAAGAGGGUGGGGAGGCCAAAGCUGGUGCUUUGGCUGCUGGUGCACAGUGUGCCUGCACCCCAGGGCUGGGGCAGGAAAUUGAGGAAGGAAGGCUCUGCCGAUAUGCCAUGUUCAUCACUGCCCUUUCAUGGUGUUUCCUGUGUGUUAAGUCCCAUCUGCCCCUUGUGCUCUUUGGCUUGAAAAUGUGUGCAUUCCAUGGCUUUUCAGGAACCUAUUCCUCCAUCUUGAGAUCUGCCAAAUAGAGGUUAGAAGAGGACACAGAUUAUCCCCAGCAUAGGCCUGGGCAGAAAGUCACUCACUGACUUGCACCAGAAUCAAACCAUUAGCGUCUACUUAUCCGUUGAAUGCAAUUUGUAGCCCUUUUUGUUAGGCCCUUAGGAUGCUCUUCCCAGACAAAAAAGGGUUCUCAUGUGUACAGCUGCUCCCCAGGAAACAAGAAUCAGAAGGUGUGGGCGUUUGUUUACCUCCAUCUCUGAGGUCAGACUCCUCUGGCAUCAAAACUGGCUUUUCCUUAAACUCUUAGUGGCUGUGACUGUUUGCAGUAAACUCUAGCGAUGCCUUCCAAACAGUUUUCACUUUGGUUACAUCCUGUCCAAACCAUGGUUUGGCAGUCCAAGUUAGAUUAAGGUUCCAACCAUAGCCAGUCGAUUCCCUCUGCCUUUGGAGUGUUUGACAGAGACAUUUGUGGGAUCAGUUACAUUGAUUAUAUCCUCCACUCCCAAGUGCCAGACUUUGUUGUGGUGAGAAACUGUGGUCACUGUGUACAUUUAUUCCUAAUUGGAUGGCAGAGGAUGCCAUCUCCAAUGGACACUGUAUGCCAGUCUUUAGAUAAUAGACUUAAGGGUGCCAAGGACCUCCGGGGUGUGUAUAGUAGUACCAUUGAAUUCAAAUGAAUAUCAGAGACAGCAAAUACUCUCUGGAAAAGAUUGAGGGAAAGUGAAAAGGGACAGAUGCCAUUUUGAGACAUUAAAGAGUAAGGGGAGGGAUUGGAUGCUGCUGCGCAAUUUUUGGUCCUCUUCUUUGAAUGAUAUUGUGCAGACGAAUGGGCUUUGCACUGAGAGCCAGAACAGGUGAUGUUACUCUGUCUUAUCCUCCCCCAUCACAGGCUUCCAUCUGCAUCCCUCAAAAGGGUGUUUUCUUGCUUGUACUUUCCUCCUCUUUUUACUAGCCCACCCUUCUUUAGCACCUUGGCCAGUGCCAUAGCUCAUUUGAUCAUGUAGACCUAGGAAUGAUACUUUGCUAAUGUGAGCACAGGCUAUGAGUGAUAGGGCUUCAUUUAUCCCUCAAGAACGCUACACUCUUUCAGAAUGAAAAUUAGCACAUAGAAUUAGGCAUUUCCUUUUAGGGGAAAAAAUACCCAUUCUGUAGAUUUCCUUAUUUCUUGCCAAAUGUGUAGGGUUCCAGAGGCUGGGUGACGCACUGAAAUUAGAAUUUCUUUCUGAAGAUUUCAGAGGCAUUCCAAUUAGGAAGACUGAGUUACCAAUGAAAAGUCAUUAUUUCUUUGUUUUGCUAGUUUUGUGCCAAAUUCUUGGUCUGUGUCUACAUAGAGCAAGUGGUCCCCAAGUGUCUUCUCUGUGAACAUUUGGUCCCUUCCAUGCCUGAGACCAUGGGAGCCACGGUGAGCCGAACCAAAAGAGAGAACAGGCUACAUGAGUGCUUAGGUCUUUCCUUCCCUGAUGGUAUUGACAGAUGUGCCUGGUGCUCUUGGGCAUUCAGCUUCAGAUCCCACCCUUCAGACCCAACCCACCUCCCUCCAUCUCAAACCCUGCAUCUCUGGAUUGUUGUCAGGACCAGUAGUCACAAGGUGACAGGGAUCAUGUUGGUGGAACAUCCCACUGGGGUCUCUUCCAUUCAGCUGCUGGUGGCUCUAUGAUGGAUGCCCACUCGGGCUUCUUUAAAAUGGUGCUUUGGCCACAAGACAUUGGAGACCUGGGGGACCCAGCCUCAUUCAUUAGAGGAGUGUCCCUGAUGUGUUGUUCCCCUGGCAGUUUGUUAACUCAACUGAGCUGACUAACUAAAGAGGGAGGAAAGUUUACAUUUUGUAAGAAUGUAGGAUGGAUGCAUUUUUUCAAGGGCUAUGAAUGUUUUCAGGAAAUAGAUGAGGCUGCCUGACUGCUGAUUUAAAGUCCCAAGGUUGCAAUUGCAAAUGCCUGUUUUACUUCAAAAUGGGGCUUAGAAAAUUUUCUAUAUGCUAAAUCCAACCCAAAACUUAAGUAGAGAUUACAAAGUCUUCCUGAUCAUUAGGCCAAGUCGCCUACUCCUUUGUUAAUCCUGUGUUGGUAUGGAAAGGAUUUCACCUCUUCCACCCAUUAGUGCUCACCUCUUGUGUGGCCCCCUUGCUGAACCUCAGUUUCCUCAUCUGAUGGUUUUUGAGGGUCAUUCUUGCCCCAGAUCUUUGAUCCUAACACAGUGUAUAAGAAAUAUGAAGCUAUUUUCAUGAGAAGAAAUGAUCUACAAAUGCUUUCAAAGACAUGAGGCACUUUUAAUCAUCUCAUAUUCUAUAUUUUAUGGUCAGUAUUUUUAUAUUAAAUAAGCAUCAUGAUACCGCAGGGUACUUGGAUUUCUUAGCAGGAAGGUCCAUGUUGGGCAAUGUCAGAGCCCACCUAGUGCCACUCUCAUAUUGGGGUGUGGACAUGGAGGAAAUAUAGGGUAUUUGGGCUUAUAGACCUUAUUUGCCUGAGGAGAGCAGAUGAAGCACUUGGAAUUUUCCUGCCUGACCCAGACAAACCCUAUAUUUAAGAAUUUCAGUUUUUGUAUGAAAGUAGGUGGUUGUCUGCUCUGAAAGUUAAAGCAAAUGAAGCACACAGCAAAAAAUAUUCCUUUUUUUUUUUGGUUUGUUUCAUUUUAAGAUGUUUUAAAAUCAGGGUGAUAAGAGUAUUGGCCCUGGGGUCAGGAGGACCUGAGUUAAAAUCUGGCCUCAGACAUUUGACCCGACUGUGUGACCUUGAGCAAGUCACUUAACCCCAAUUGCCUCACACACAAGAAUUUUUUUUGAAAGAUAUUUUAAAAUCUUAUCCAAUGAUGCCUCUUAACUUUCUCUUGGCAAGUGGGAUGCAGGCACUUUUUAAUAUUUGAAAACACUGACCAUUACAAAACUGGAGAGAAGCUUAGAGACCUUUGAGUCCAGUCCUGUGGUUUGACUGAUGAAGAAAAUGAGGCCCAGAGAGAGGAUGUAAUUUACCCAUGCUCUUACAUGGGAGGGCAGGGAUUGCAGCUCUCCUGGCUCUCAGUCUUGUGUUCUUUCCAUUCAUUAGAAGAGGCUGUCGCCAAUAACUGAAACUGAAAAGGGUAUUUCCUACUUCCCAGAGGUAGGAGAGAUGGGAAGAUUGCAGUGGUCACUGUCAUGAUGGAGGGGAUCAAAGAUGUUCAUUUAAAUUUUAGUACUUUAAGUGGGCAUUUUCUAAGGGAACAGUUUGUAGCAGGAUAUGAGCUCAGGGAGCCAGCCAGGGAUGGCAAGCUCUACGUGGCCCAAAGUUUUACCACCACAAAGUUUCUUUGGUAGGAAGAAAACAUCCUGAAGCCAUGGAGGAAAGAGGCAGGAUUCUCUAUCCUGAGGAAGAGAGGAAUAAACCUUUUUCCCCCUCUUGUGCCGUCAGUCGUGUUGACUGAUGAUAGACUGAGGAUUAGAGAAGUGGGCUUUUCAUAUAGUAUAUGAACAUCCAUACAUAGUUAAGCUAUAGGACUCUCUUCCAACCUUGGGCUAAUUGAGACCUUUCCUGUAUCAAUCCUUUCUAAGAUCCCAAUGGGUUGAGUGCCUAGCUGAGAACAAUCAGGGAGAUACCUAUUUAGGACCAAGAAGCGUAAGACAGUUGGAAAUGGUUGCCUGAAAUUAAGAUCUUUUAGUUUGGAAAAUCAUGUAUAACAUUAUUUCAUUGUUCAAAAAUUCAAAGAUUAAUUCCCUUCUUUAUAUAUUCCUGGAAGAUGUGACGUAACAGUUCUCUUCUUUAAGGCAUUUGUGCUUUCAGACAUGAGAUUUGUAUUUUCAUGAACUUUGUGUUACCAAUGUCUGUAUCUGGGCUGGGCCCUGAAAGGGAUGGCAGCUCCUCUUUCAAUUCUUAUGUUCCCUGAAGUUGACAAAGAAUGAGUUCCAGCGGCUGGAACAUAGUCAACCCCAUUUAUUUGGAACUCUAGAUCAGAAUUUGUAAGUCAGCACCAGACUUGGGCCAACGUUUACUUACGAUUAUAGCUCUACUGAACAAGUUAGCAGUGUAAAUAAAUAUGUUUGAGUAGGGGCAAAGUAACUUUUCACCUACUUAAGAGAACAAACUGUUCUCAAGCACUUUAGAAGCACACAUUUACCAGUAGUUAACAUGCAAAUUACAAAUAAUUUUUAUCAAGUCUCCGAAGCAGGCUCCUGAUUUUGAGCCUUGUUGAGUUUCUGAAUGUCCUUGAAAGUAGUAAGACUGAAAUUUUUUUCUAAUUCAAAUUGUUCACUGAUUCAGACUGGCCUCCCCCAAAGUUAAUCUGAAUGUACUAUGCUUGGAUUCCAGCAUAAAAAGUCAUUUAUGCUUUGCCUUGUUACCCCUGAAAAAGAAGGAUAAUUUUAAAAAUGUGUAAAGAUAAAUAAGAUGAUACAUGAAAUGUCCUUUGAGGACCCCUGAAGGAAAGAAUGAUGUGAACUCCAGGCUUUUGUUGUUGCUAUUUCGGUCUCAAAUUUUAAUCUCGAUUUUAAAGGAACAGAAAAUCCCUUCAUUGUGAAGAAUCUAAGUGGGCCAGCGGUAUGUAUACAGCAGGUGCUUAGGAAGCAUUGACGAAUGACUGACAGAUGAUGUAAUAUUCCUCCUUACAUUUUGACUCAAACUGGUUUCUGGAGAUAACAGGCCAUUAGAUUCCCAGGUGUGAAAGACAAUGGCUUUCAGUGUUACUCAGAUGGCCCCUGCUUCCUUCCGUGACCUUUCUGAAAGCAUGGUGUGGGACAGAGAGUUUGAACUGGAGGCAGUCUUUGAUUGUGAAGGGAGCUGGGAUUAGAUACCUCUCUGUCGUUUGGUGUCUUUAUUUCAUCAGCUGUUGGCAAUAAAUAGUGCACCCAUGAUCUUAUUCUCAAAAGAAUUUUGGGUCCGUGAAGUUGUGGGCUUUGGGGAAUGCUUCUGAUGCUUUCUUAUCAUGGUAAGAAAAGAAAGGCUGGAGAAAAAAAUUUAAAAGAAAAGAAUAGGCUGGACCAACCCUCUUCAAGAUGAACCAAGUUUGAGAAUCUGAGUGCCUCAGUAUAUGCUAACAUUUACUUUUUUUAAGUGUUAAGGUGGAACCAUGCAGCCGAUGCUAAGGAAUCGGUCCAAGUAGGUCAGUCAGCACCUUCCAAUUCUGAUUUCUUGCUUAUCCUCCUUCAAGCUUCUGCCAAACUCUGUGAACAGAUGAAUUGUCCCUGUAAACCAUUCCAUGAUGGAAUAUCAUUUCCUCAUCAUGUGCCUCCAGUAUGAGAAUUCUCAUUGCAUAUGUUUACUUACAGGUUUUCAUCUUUAAAAAAAUUAAUGUUGUUAAUAGUUUCUGUUUGUUGCUUGGCAAGCCACUGUGUUGGUUCCUGAUCCAUAAGAAUUAUUGUUUCUUAAAUUGUAGUCAGUGUACAAAGAAAAUUAAGGUGAACUUUUUCUUUUGCUAUUUAAGUAUGAGUUUUGUCUUUGUGUCCCUAGACUGUUUUCUGUAUAUAUUUUGCAUUGUAGCCAUGUGGCGGUUUUCUUCUGACUGCACUUUGCACUGACCUGAAUUCUGAACUCUGUGUAUAAUUUAUGGGUAUCAGAGAUAGAGAAUAAUUUAUAUCUGUGACAAAUACAGUACUGGUCAUUUCCAUUGUAAUUUGGCGUCUGAUUUGUGUGUCUUUGAGACUUGUGGUUAUGAUGAUAACAUAGUUGCAGUUAGGCAGCACUUAAGAGGCAGCCUGGCAUGGUGUAGUGAGUGCUGGGUUCCAGUUCUACCAAUGACUCUUACUAGCUGUGUUGUCACAGGCAAGUUAUGGAACCUCUCUGAGGCUCAGGCAAUCACCUGAGUCCAUAUAAGGGAGAGACAGAUUAUGAUCUGACUCAGUAUUGCUCAUUCCAUUACAUGCAUGCACACAUGAACACACACAUGUCCACACACUUCAUACAUAUAUGUGUGUGUGGACACAUACAUGUAUAUAUACAUAUACUUACAUAUACAUCUAUAGCUAUAUCUAAAUGUAUAUCUAUAUAUUUCUAUACUAUAGAUAUUUAUAGAUUUGCAUGUUUUCUAUCUAUAUUUAUCAUGACUUAAUAUAUCUUGACUUAUACAUAGAUGCUUGUUACACAUGAAGGUAACAUUUGGUUAAAGCAGUUGUUCCUACAACUGUCAUGAGGUGGAGCCCUGACACCAUAAAGAGGCAGGAGAGUUCUGGAAGAGGAAGUCAAAGAUGCUACCAAAGCAGGGGCUCUGUCGUUGGGCUUUGUUUCCAAUUGCUCAGUCACAUGGAGGCAACAGUAGGUGAGGGCAGUACUUGUGCAUAAAAACAACUUGUAGCCAACCAAAAGGUAGAGACACACACUAGCCAUUACUGGUGAUGAGAGCCUCCAUUCUGAACCCCAUGUAAUGCCCUUGUUCUUGAUAUUUCAACAAGGCACCUACUUUUCAGAUCUGAGAUCUCCCUGAUAGGACAUGCCAGUCUAGCUCUGAUUCCUUCAAUCAUCUUUUCCACUUUUGGUUCCUGACUCAUGAUCUUCAGGUUCUUACUUGUCAGACUCAAGCCUAGCACCUCUGCCUAUCCCUGAGUAGAAUUCUUCAAGGUAGCCUUUCCAAUAGGAUAUACUUUUUGGAGAACCCUGGCAUCUAAAUUGCCCUAAGGUGGGUGGAUCGGCCACGGCGCCUCCUUCACAAGACCAUUUGCUCAUUCGACAUCACAAGCUCUGUGCUAUAGAAGAACAUAGAUGAACAGAUCCCAAAGAGUAGAGAUGGCCUGCCCUGGGCCAUAGGCCGAGCUAAACUACAUUAACUUUUAAGAACUGUUUCCUCUUGUCAGUGGUUUCAUGAGAUCCUUGCUUAAUCUCAGCAGCUAUUUCCUUCCAUCCAUUGCCCAACCAUUACACAUUCUAGACUACCAGAGUGCACUUUAAAGAUAUAUUUAUAAUAAAUUAUGAUAAGAAGAAGGACAAGUGAUCUUUAUAGUCUCUGUUAUGGCAGAAGAAUGACCACUAUAGCAGCAAAGUAUGAUAUAUGCUAGACUUAAAAGCAUUUCCACAAUGGGUGAACUUACAUCAUAAGAGAGUUGAUGCUCUGUCUUCUUUGAGUGACUGGGAGAUUUCCUCACUGUCUUCUUUAAGUCUCACCCUGCAGAAGGUGAAAUUGAGUUUUCAGGCACAAGGGCUUUUGCCCCUGCAUCCUUACCUCACAGGAUGUUUCUUAUGCUGGCCCCCUAAUAUGUUCAUGAGCUUCUCAAUUAGGUGAAACCCAAUGUUUUUUUGUUUUGUUUUUUGUUUUUCAGUGAGGCAAUUGGGGUUAAGUGACUUGCCCAGCGUCACACAGCUAGUAAGUGUUAAGUGUCUGAGGCCGGAUUUGAACUCAGGUCCUCCUGACUCCAGGGCCGGUGCUCUAUCCACUGCGCCACCUAGCUGCCCUGAAACCCAAUGUUAAGAAUGCUCCCUAUGUCUGGGGAAUCCUCCUGGGGUCACAAUCCCAGGGGUGGUGUGUGGAACUGCAUUCAGAGUCUUGAAAACAGCUUCCAAGAAUGUCCCUACCUGACGGCAAGUGGAGAAUGGAACCAGCAGAAGAUAAAAUAGAAUUCAUCCAACUGGAGAAAAGGCCAUGUCUUUAGUGUGAGUAGAGUUUCUAGAUGUGAACCUUUUUCAAUAGGAAAAUGGGAAAUGAAGAAAAUUCCUGGGACUUUUCCCUAAAUGGUCAGAGGUGUAAAAAAAUAUUAACUAUAACUGCUAAUCUGAAAAAUUAAAACUGUUAGCAUCUGAAAAAUUAUAACUAUAAUAAAAAUUAUAACUGGGCCGUAAGUCCCAUCUGGGUCACCAU